GGAGAUAUGAAUGAGCGAUGAUCCUCAAUCCGUCAACCUUUUCCUCAGAUGAUCGGAUCCCAGUGGCAGAGCAGCGCACGGCCUCGCGACGCUCCGUUUUGGGUUGGCGCGUUAUCGCGAGGCUGCGAGGCUGUGCAUCGGGCAGCGUUGGUUAGCGAUACAUGAAAAGGUACAUUUCCCUUGAUUUUUCAUAAAGUAACCGAUGACCCAAGUGGAAUGCUGGAAGUACUACAAUAUAUCGGAGGAACAUUGACUGCAUCGCCCGCCCUGCGAUGGCAAAUAAGAUUACAGCCGCUUUGACUUCUGUCACUCAGGAAACCACCGUUGCAUUAGCGAACCUCAAUUUCGAUUUCGCGUUGUUCAAGGUCGAAGCGCCUCAGGAAUACUCUGGCGUCGGACAGUACUUGUCCAAGAAACGCCGUGAUGCAGCAGAAAAUGGCAAAGAGCACAUUAUCGCACGACGAUUGGGCGCGCUCUUUGGUCAGGCCUUGCCCGCUACUCCGACCCUAAUCAAGGCGUACGGUACCCGGUGCUCUGAAAUCGCCAAGGAAGCAGCGGCUAAACAGAAGUAUGUCCGAUCAAAAACUCUGUUUGAUGAUUGGAUCGGUGCAGAUGCUACGAGCAUUUGGGCGGCCGCGACUUCCGGGAAAGGAGCGAUCGCUGUGCAUCUCCUCGCGUGCAUGCUCGCGCGGAUAUGGACUGCUCAUGAAGCAACAGCAAUCUGGGAGGAGUUGAUCGAGAAUCGCAAGGCUGACCUUGGUACCGCUGAUUCUGCUGACCCGAUGGACAUCUCGUCGCUUGCUGCAUCCCGAAUCGAAAUUACUCGAGAUCAGAUUUCAAGAUGGGAUGCGAGUGCGCGAGCAUGGAUCAGUGUUGCAGAUGGUGUCAAGAAGAAGCAACAGACACAGCUGAUGCUUCUCAUGUCAAAUCUGAGCCUGCCGAUUUCCAAAGGCGGGGGUGUCUACGACAGCGUGAUGUCUGCAUGGAAGGGAGCCAUGGAGAUCAUGGAGAAGGUCCUGAACCAUACCUCGCAGUCUGUUCAGGACGGCGCAGGGCUUGUCGGUUUAGCGUCCUGGCACCUGUAUCCGGACAUCUACGCGCUCCGAGCCGUUGUGAAAACCGUCAAGUUCAACGACCCUUUGGUACCUUCGGACGUACUCGUCACCCUGGGCGCGGGACAUUCAUCCAGCACGGAUGAUACCAGCGUUCAUUGGUCAUUGCCGCUGGCAUGCUUACGAUACUAUGGAGACCCAGUUCCAUCGUCAACGACCAUGGCGGUCACUUCAUCCAGACUUUCCAUGUUGGAAUGUUGGUUUGUCAUCUUAGGCUCGACUAUGAGUACAUGGGGGGAUUUGACUCAAGACCUCGACUCCGCAUGCAAAUUUAUUAUCGCCCUAUCAGAUUAUGUCGUAUUCGGGGUCAGUCCGCAACUCCGACGAGAAACUACCUGGCUGCAGCACCUGUCUCAUGCCGCACAAGAAUUUUUGACUUCGCGAGAACCCGAGAGAGACAUGUUCCAAAAAUUGAUCGCGAGAGGUUCUCGACGUUAUGCGCACUUCCUGGCACCCCUAGAAGGUCACCCGGGUGGGAUGUUUGGUCUCGAUUCUGUGCGAACGCUGAUCAGUAUGAUCAAGCAUCCGGAUAACAAAGUCGCCGUGUUGAGGCGCAUUGCAGAGAAAAGAGGCGAGCUCAACAGCAAUUUGUUAAUCCGCUAUCCUCGACCGGAGCCUCAGAAGCAGCCUUUGGCAGACUCGUGGGAUGAGAUGCCUUUAGGGGACGAAUCGGAUUUUCUGGCAGACUUCGUCUUAUCCACGGACUACGACCGUCCUACCGAUGCCCUUGAUUUACUCUCCGAAGCCGCUCAAAUGACUGAUACUGAAAAACGGCUGAAGGCCGAUAAGCACGCAGACCAUAUGUCGUUUUCAGAAGACAAACCCAAAAACACGGACAACUUCUCCGUUUCCCUCAGCAAAAACGCCUCUGUGAGUUCUACUUAUUUAAGUAGCGACGUACGUCAGGAACCCGUAGACCUGAGAGGACAAAUGAAGCGUGAGAAGAAGUCGCUCGACUGGGAAUUCGCUACUGCAUUGGCGAAACAACCCUCCAAAAAACGAAAACUUGAUCCACAAACAGAUAUGACUGGACACACUCGAUGGGUAGAAGAAAUGCGACACAUUGAUAACGGAGAGCUCGUAAAAGUCCUCGAUAAUAUAUCAAUCGUCGAAUCUGGCCCAGACAAAUUCGUUUGGAUCGAGGACAUGACCCAAGAGGAACAGGAACACACCGGCUCGCUCACAUAUAAGACUUCAUAUAAAUGUGUACUUGGCGAUCAAAGCGAUGCAGCGAUGUUCAUUCCAAACGCCAACUUCACAACUCCCUGGAAGGACAAUUCGGUUGAAGUCGACACACUGCUUCUGGCAUUCAGGUGCUCAUGGAUUGAUCAUGCUAUGCUUGUUGAACACCUCAAUAAUUUCAACAAUCCAGGCCAUUCAACGAACCAUCUUCUGCAAUACCGGACAAGCCUGUGGAACAUGGCCGCAGCCGCGAACAUAUACAAGCUCAUGCCGCACGCAACUAUCAACCCCAGCAUAUUCACCCGAACACUUGCGAAUGCAAGCUGGGCCGUGACAGCCGAACAGUCGGCUCCGCCGCGCGCAUUUGAUUUUAGGCUUCGAGAAUGGACCACAACUCUGAGGGACGAACGCAAAUCCUUACACACUGUCACCUUGACGCGUGAGCAAACAAUGGCAUGUAUUGCCCAUUUCGAAAACGCACAAACAGACUUGGACCCCAACAUUCUGAAGGACGCCAUGGCUUUGUCGUGCGGCAACUCAAUUUAUGUCUCUGCGGCGCUGAUGUGCGAUCCAUACGAGUGUCCGCGGGACUAUGAGAUCAAGCAUGUCAUGGGUAACAUUGGACGCCCGGGUUUGAGCUUAAUGAUUCCGCCCAUGGACCCUCGAACUCGCAAACAAGAUGAGAGCACCUGGGCUCACGUGGAUCACCACGAUUUCGACGGUCGCUUCGAAGAUUGUUAUCAACAUACCUCCCUGCACCUCAACUUCACGGGCUACCAAUUACCAGUCGGUGGCUUAUCACACGGUCGGACCAUCACGGAUGCCUUCUUCGUAGAGAGCGUUGUCUCCGUCUAUGAUCGCUCCGCCUGGGUCGCGGAUCUCGACAUCCUCAAAGGCCUUGCCAGCCAACAGCUCCAGCGCUGGCCUCUCGUACUCUGUUCUCACCAGGAUAGUGCCUGCCAUAGCUUUCCGCUCACGUCCAUCGAUUCGUGGGACGAGUAUCUUGACCCACCGCUCAACUUCGGAAUCUUCCGCGGCAAUGGAAACUGGCUUGCCCGAUUGGCAGUCGUCGCCCAUAACGCACUGCACCAGCGCGAGACGGUUCUUUUUAAAGACGCCGACUCAGUCUGCUGGGGUUGUGUAUCGAUAUUCUUAGCCACUCGGAAGGGGUCACCUAUGACCACCAAGACACCAGAAAAAAGCAAACCUUUGUUUGUUUGCUAGACGCGCUAAUGGACUGAUAUUCUUGAUAAGACGAGACUGCGUAUUUUUAGGCCACUGGUAGAAAUAACGACAAUAUCAAUCAAGAAUUCAGACACCAUUGUUCGGUUGAUCACCAAACAGAUGAUUUCUCUUUAUCUGUG